AAAUCCAAAAUGAUUUAAAGUUUCAUAAAACAAAAUCUUUUGAUCGAAUCCAAUUCGCUCACGUUUUUCCAUUCCGUCUUCUUUCUCCCUUCUUUCCCAUCUUCCUCCGUACAACCAACAAAUGGGAGCUUUCAAAAUUCGAUGCAGAAAUCUCAUCAACCUCCGAAUUCAACUCAAUCGUUCACCUCAGGACCUUCCGAUUCCGGCCAACAACCUCCGUCAGACAUUCCCCAGCUCCACCCCUUCCGAUGCCUUCAAUUCCUUCUCACAUCCGUGGCGAUACACUCAUUGCAGAAAUCUCAUUUUGGACUCACUUUCUACUAAGCCUGUCCGGCUUCACCGACUUUCAGACUCUGAUUCUGGAAUUGUCGAGGUACAUUUAGACAGGCCUGAGGCGAAAAACGCUAUUAGCAAGGAUAUGCUGAGGGGAUUGCGUCAUGCCUUUGAAUCCGUUGAUAGUGAUCCAUCCGUCAAUGUUAUGAUGAUCUGCAGCUCUGUCCCAAAGGUGUUCUGUGCAGGAGCCGAUUUGAAGGAACGUAAGAAGAUGACAGCAUCAGAAGUUCACUCCUUUGUCACCUCACUGCGGUCUGCAUUCACAUUUUUAGAGGCCCUUCCUAUUCCUACUAUUUCAGUUAUUGAAGGAGCAGCAUUGGGUGGUGGACUUGAAAUGGCUCUUGCAUGUGAUCUUCGGAUAUGUGCUCACAUGGUUGGCCAUGAUCUAGGGGAAGAUGCCAAACUCAGUUUGCCAGAAACCGGACUGGCUAUAAUUCCUGGGGCAGGUGGGACUGCAAGGCUUCCUAGGCUGGUCGGUAAAUCAAUAGCAAAGGAACUUAUAUUCACUGGUCGUAAGGUCAGUGGUAGAGAUGCUCUAUCUAUAGGUCUUGUCAAUUACUGCGUCCCUGCUGGGGAAGCUUAUGCAAAGGCACUGGAAAUUGCCCAAGAGAUAAAUCAGAAGGGUCCACUAGCAAUAAAGAUGGCAAAGAAGGCAAUCGACGAGGGGCUCGAGGGAGACCUGGAGUCAGCUAUGGAAGUAGAAGAUGAAUGUUACAAAGAACUCUUGGACACGAAAGACCGGUUGGAAGGAUUGGCAGCAUUUGCCGAGAAGCGAAAGCCAAGGUAUAGAGGAGAAUAGAUUGGUAACCACAUUCACUUGCUUGUUUCCACAAUACAAUGUGGUUACCUCUAAUCUUCAUUUUAACUUGAAAGGCUUCAGAAACUGUACCAAAUUCAGCUUAUUUGAUCAGUGAUGCUAUAAUAAAGCAGCCUUGAAUGCUUAGUGUUUGCACUCAUUGAUCUCUGUCCUGAAAUUUAGAAUUGUUCUUUGUUACUUUUAGUUUGCCAGUUGGAUAAUUAGGGGUGUAAAAAUGGUUAGGGUUGUCAUUAACCAAACAACUUGAUUGAGUUGUGAAUGAUGUGAAUGUAACCUUUUAUUAUUCAAGUAACUGUGGUAUUACAUUUUCAUUGUUA